GAAGCAAAUAGUGACGUGCAGAGGAGAGCAACAGGCAGUCGUCUCCAGAGAGAGCCUGAGAGAAAUGCUCAGUCCACUGACAACAACUCAACAUUCGGGCAGUAAGGACGAGGGAGGUUUUUCAUACUGCAGCCUGCCCUGGGGCCUCAGAAGUCAUCUGCCUUCCUCACAGCUAUGCCUGCACCACAUACUGAACCAAGGACAAAGUUUCAUUACUGCAUGUAGUUUGAUUUGCACAUGGACACUGUAAGUCCUCCAUGCCUUUCCAUCUUUAACCUGCUGGAUCAAAAUAUAAAAUUUGGAGUUUGCCUGUCCACUCUUUUCUGUAGUUGUUAGGAAGUUCCAUGCAAGUCUUGUCAAUAUGCUGCCUGUGGUUUUUGUGACAUGGUGGGUCUGGGUGUUGCUUGGAAGCGUAGGGGGUCAGUCCCAAUCUCAACAACAAUCUCAGACUGACAGCUCAAACCCAUGGAGACAGAUGAUUCAAUGGGAGAACAAUGGACGUAUGUUCAGUCUUCUCAACAGUGGGGCCGAAUACGUCCCGGCUCGGGUUCAGGAGCGUGACAGGAACCACAGAGUGCUUCUAGCGGACACUCCCAACCGUAGGUCACAAGGUGGGAAUGUACGGAGACAAGCACCCUCAAGAGGAAGCUCUGAGACUGUAAGAGGCCAAGCCAGACACCCUUUUGGUUUUGGCCAGGUUCCGGACAACUGGCGUCAGGGUGCAGCUGGGACAGGUGAAACAAGUCGCUUCCAGUCAUCUACUGGCACUCGUUUUAGAGCAUCCUCUAGCUCGUCCUCCUCCUCGUCCUCCUCUUCUUCUUAUCCACAGUAUCCGUUUCCUCAACAGCCUCCGUAUUCCGCUCCUUAUGACUCCGUUUCAGACAGGUCAUACGAACCUCCCUUCCGUGGAACGGGGUACUCCACUGGCACUGGUGGUGGCUAUGCCGGAGGAGGAUAUGGAGGAGGUGGGUACUCCACCGGAAGUGUUGGAGGAGGUAGCUAUAACGGAGGGGGUCCUGCAACUGACGAGAGAUAUCGUUACUAUUCCUCUUAUGGUCAAACAUACCAAGCUGUUCCUGCCCAACCUGCGCAGCCGUCGUUCUCUGAUGGAUUGGACCGCAGAUACAUGCACAGCCUGUACAACGAGGACUCUCGAGAUGGCAGUAAUGCUGCAGUACCUGUCUCUAAUGGUGCCUUGAGGAACACGGGCUCAUCAUUCCAGCCUGCGGUGCAAAGCCCCCAGUAUGAACAGUUUCCACCCUUUGGAAGGCCCCAGCCACAGCCUCCGUUUAUACAACCACCUCCACGCAACCCUCUCAUCUCUAACAACGCAGAGAGCCCCAACACGAAUGUAGGGAGCGUUUAUCGUCCUCAGCAAAGAGGUUUGCCUGACCUGGUUCCUGACCCGAAUUAUGUCCAAGCCUCCACAUACGUUCAAAGAGCCCAUAUGUACUCUUUACGCUGUGCUGCAGAGGAGAAGUGUUUGGCCAGCUCCGCCUAUAGUGCUGAAACCACAGAUUACAGUGUCAGGGUUCUUCUGCGCUUCCCUCAGAGAGUGAAGAACCAAGGGACAGCUGAUUUCUUGCCCAACCGACCUCGUCACACCUGGGAGUGGCACAGCUGUCACCAACAUUACCACAGUAUGGAUGAGUUCAGUCACUACGAUCUGAUAGAGGUCAGCAGCGGCCGGAAGGUGGCAGAGGGACACAAGGCCAGCUUCUGUCUGGAGGACACGACCUGCGACUUCGGCCAUCUCAAACGAUACGCCUGUACUUCACACACCCAGGGUCUCAGUCCAGGUUGCUAUGACACAUACAAUGCAGAUAUUGAUUGCCAAUGGAUUGACAUCACUGAUGUUCAGCCAGGAAACUAUAUACUCAAGCUCCAGGUUAACCCAAAGUACUUGGUGCAUGAAUCGGACUACACAAAUAAUGUAGUCAGGUGCAAUAUCCACUACACGGGCCGCUUUGUCAAGACAACAAACUGCAAAAUCUCCCAGUCAUGAUCUGUCAGAUCUGGAUGAAUCUCCACGGAAGCGCUGUUCCAUUGCAAUGUGAAUGGAUUUCCUGGUGCGUCUGUGAUUGUUUAUUGUAUAUUCCUGGUUCCCUUUUGUUUUUUUUUGUGCUGUUCUUGUGAACCUGGGUUCAAGGAACUAGCACACAUACUGUCACGCUCAUGCAAAAUCAAACACACCCUACUUUACAGCACACCGCAGACCAACGUCAUGAAAACACACACUCGCUGCCCCCAAUUAAGUCGAAUUCCUUCACCAUUUUUAAGUGGGUUACAUUGCAAAGUGAGAUCAGGUAUGGCACUGUUGAAUAGUAAUUCAGAUCAGGAAAAUCAGCCAAGACUCUCUCUGUCUGUGCCACUUCAGCGAAGGUGCAAUACUGACGAAAGAGUCGUAUGAGAGAACGGCCUGCCUGUCUGUCAUCCUCCAGCUAACCUAUUAAGUCAAAAAUGGGUUUCGUUUGAAUGAGGGGUCUGGGGAAAAAAAAAAAAAUGAAAUGGCUUUGGGAUUAAAGCACUUUGAAUAAAAGCCUUGAAUCCAAAAGCUGGAGGCAGUUUAUCAAGGUGUUUUUACCUUGGUGGCUUAUUAUAGUCUUUUACUUAACCUGCUGCGAUUUGCAUUAAAUCGGCUUGUAAUAUUGCCUUGUAUGUCAGUCCACUGAUAAUCCAAUAAUGCACACUAGUUAAAUUCAGACUAUACUUGAGACGUUCCCCCCUACAAGCAUCUGAAGCUCUGUUUGGUUAAAUUCAUAUUUUGGGUUCAAUACAAGAAUUAACUGACUGAAUUUGUGGCAUAAUGUUGCUUACCAAUACAAAAUUAAGUUAAAAAUUGUGCAUUAUUUGAGCUGUAAUUGUCUUGGCAAAGAAGUUGUAAAAUUGGAUGUAACUUUACUCAGAAAAUGUGUUCUUUCUUUUUUGUUCCCCACACUAAAAUCAUCCAUGUUGUUAGCAUAUUGUGGCUAUACUAUUGAAACAGUGAGUAUUUUAAUGUUUAUGGAUUUUCCCCAUUCACUUCUAUUGUAAAUGCUGUAAAACUGUAAUGAUUUUUUGUAACUAUUUUUUUUUUUUUUGUGUGUGGUUAUCUAUAUUAAUUACAUUUAUGCAUUUGCCA